AUGGGCUUUCCACUCUUCCCGGGUAGCAAAAAGGGUGGUUUAUGGCAUCGGGCAGUCCUCAACGAUACAAGUAUAUGGGAGCAAGUCCUCGUCGAUGUGCUUGCUGGAGAAACUCUGUCAGUCAACAUAGUACCCCUAGGGAGCGGCGAACACCCAAUUCCCCGUGAUCAGAGAUUGACCACUGUUAAGUAUCUAUUGAAUCAUGGCUUUUACAUGUCUGAGGUACAAAUCUGGAACGGCGUACGAGGUUUGAAAGAUGAGCUAGAAAACACGCCGUCAACCGAUCCCGAGUACGAGUAUUACGGUGCUGUCGUGGCAUGUCUAGAUGACAUGACACAGCUGAUACAGAGGAAGACCAGAUUUACGUGGGCCUUGGAGCGCUUGAGAUCUGGUGUCGGCUUUCUUAUUAGAAGGAAGUAG